GCGUUAUCGGGGUUUGCCUUCAAUGGGUGUGAAAGCUUUGCGUUCCGUAGCAUUCUAAUUUACUUUUCGGUUGUACACGGCUGAUCAUCUCAGAAUUGUAGAACAUAACAUCGCAAAGACGACUAUCAUGGAAGGUCGCUACGCUCGGGUUUUACCGGCGUCAUCACCAACGCUAACAUCGUCAUAUCGAAGGUCCUCUGAAGAAAUAACGCCCAAGAAGCGAUCGGCCGUGAUUGCUGCCUGUGAUUCCUGUCGACACAAGAAAAUCAGAUGUGAUGGCAAACGCCCUGAGUGCGCCUCGUGUGUUCGACAUAGAAUAGAUUGUCGUUAUGCAACAGUCAAGGGCGAGAGUCGAUCAGCAGCCUUGAAGAGAAAGUACAAUGACUACGAGCAGGAAAAUAGUCAGCUGAAGCAGGUCUUGGAGGCUAUGCGCACGAAGCCUUACAAGGAAGCGAUUGCGAUCCUGAACCUGGUGCGGUCAACGUCCCACCUCAUGGAGGUGCUUGACCAUAUUACCUCUCUCGACUUGACCUCCUUCACACAAGACGACCUAUCGCUUGACGAUAGGCAUUCUGUAGCCCAAGAAGGCAAGGCCCAAGAGUUGCAAGGUCGAGGCACAACGCGACCAUGGGAGCUUUCAGCCUAAAGGCGGACUCACUCAGUAUCUCAGCAAGUCUGUGAUCCAAAUGCCAGUUCUAGGAAUACUUUUACUACACGUUCCUACCGUGACUGUCCAAAACCAGGCAAAGAUACUCUUCCGCAGUGCUCGGUAACGACAAGGAAUUUCGGAUAGCAGGACUUUCGAAAUCAUAAUUAAGCUGUUAGAAGGACGAGUUUAUGAUCAUUCAAGAUAAUCCAAUAUAUUUUCAUCAUUUGUAUUGUAAAGGGAAACUGUGAGUUUAGGAUUAGAAUUGUAGUUUAUGUGUUUGCCGAGUGCCGACCAAAUACGUCGAUCGUGGAGCACCAUUCUGACACCUGGGCAUUCGCAAGAAUACAUG